AGAAGAGUAGUUAUAUGUACUGGAGGAAAGAAAACCCGAAGCCCUCUUUCGGGUGUUUGGGUCUCUCGCCCCUCCGUGCGUAGGCCAGGGGAGGCGAAGACGAAGAAGAGGAGGAGGAGGAGUCCUCGUUUUCGUCUUAUUUCUGGGUGAUUUCUUGGUUUCGAUCGAUCAUAGGCCAUGGAUGAGAGAAUCCUGCCGGGUACUUACUUCCAGUACUCCCCUUCUGGAGUUCACUCGUCUCCCCACCAUUCCUUGAGGUCUCCUGCGUCUUCGGAUAGAGAAAGAUAUUUAGCCGAACUGCUGGCUGAGAGACAGAAAUUGGUACCAUUUGCUCAAGUAUUGCCAUUUUGCAGCAGGCUUUUAGAUCAAGAAAUUAUUCGGGCAUCUGGUUUGGCACCUAACCAAAGUUUUGUUGAUUCUGAGAGAAUUGAACAUGGCAAUCCGUUAAGACUGACUGGCCAUCCUUCAAAUGGUGGACCAAUGGAUUUGGAGGGCUGGUCAGGAAUGCAAACAGAGGACAACAGGUAUUUUCAAAGAAUGGGACCCCUUCAGGCAUCACCUGUUGGUUGGAAUGGAGCUGCUGGUGUUGCUACCAGCCCAAUAGUAAAAAAAGUCAUCAGAUUAGAUGUUCCCAUUGAAAAAUUUCCAAAUUACAAUUUUGUUGGCCGUCUGCUGGGACCACGAGGAAACUCCUUGAAAAGAGUUGAAACUUCAACUCAGUGUAGGGUUUACAUACGUGGGCGGGGUUCAGUAAAGGAUUCUGCAAAGACCUGCAAUUUUAUUUUCCUACAGGAAGAAAAACUAAGAGACAAGCCUGGAUACGAGCACUUAAACGAGCCAUUACAUGUGCUUGUGGAGGCUGAGUUGCCAGCGGACAUAAUUGAUGCACGAUUAAACCAAGCGGUGGCAAUACUUGAUGAUCUUUUGAAGCCAGUCGAUGAAUCUAUGGACUACUACAAGAAGCAACAGUUGAGGGAAUUGGCCAUACUGAAUGGUACUUUAAGAGAAGAGAGCCCUCAUAUGAGCCCCAGCGCAUCCCCUUUCAACAGCACAGGGAUGAAACGAGCAAAAACGGGACGUUGAUUCAAGAAGCUGGUGGUGGAUAUAUUUCAAAUGUAACAACUAAAGUUGGGUUCCAUUACCUUAUGGGUGAGUUAAGACUUUGGUGGUGGAUAUAAUUCAAACUUAACAACUAAAUUGGGUUUCGUCCCCUUUUGGGAGAGUGCUAUUGUCAGAUACUCAUGGCCUUGAAAUUCUUGACAAUGGAAUCAUCAGAAGGUCCCUGGACACCUUAAGAUGUUUUCUCGUGGUUGAUAGAUCAAGUUGCUUAUAUCCUUUGAUACAGACAUGUUUGUGUGACAAUUCCUUAUUGGUUUAUUCCUGAAAAUUGCUUUAAAGUUUCCAUAAUAUUCUUUCUGUAUUUUUUUGUUUAAUGGUGACAUUGUUGUGGGAUUACCUCAUUAUGUGCUCCCAUGUAGAAUUUUAAACAAUAUGGCUGUUUUUGUUGGUAUCUAAGUUUUGUAUCUUCAACUAUUUGAAUUUAUGACAGAUCAAAUACCAUUAUUUAAA